AUUUCUGCUUGCAGCCUCGCAAGUUUCCUGUGCCUGGCUCUAUCAGCAGCAGCGUCGUCGUGCUGCUCCGCGGCAGGAGCUCAGAUGAAUUCCGCCGUGUUGCCAUCGUCGCAGCCCAUCGCACCCUCGUCGCAGCCCGUCGCACAGUCGCCCAUGCACCGCCUCGGUAGCGUCCUUCGAUCGGUCCGGUCCGCGCGACCAAUCACAGCGUUCCAUGGCAUGUCGUCCUUGCGAGACGGUCCCCGUGCGAAUUCCGUCCCCGCUACAAGGGGACUCGCGUUGCCUCUAUCGAGAGGCGAUAUUUCGUCAGCUGCUCCUGGUUCCGUUUCAGAUGCCUUUGCAGCAUCUAAGGCCUUACCAGGCAUCAACGGUUCUUACCUUUCCUCGCGACCCAUAGCUUUUUUAAGUACUGGGAGCCUUAGUGGGAGUCUAAGCGCCUUAACUUCGUCACCGUCUGCGGCUAGAAACGCGCUACGAGCAGGCCGGGGUGAGCUCGUUAGGGUGUUCGCGUCGGCGAGCGGUGCGGCGGGGAGCGGAAGCAAUGAUGGCGCGGGGGAGGCAAGCGCCGCGCGGGGAAGCAGUGGCGGAGGCGGGGAAGAUGCGGGGAGGGAGGCGCGCGGCGAGGGGGUUAGUGUUGGAAGCAACGACGCCGGAGGCGCUGGUGACGCGGGCGGCGCGAGCGACGUGGAUUUCAUGGCGGCUGUGAUCAUAGACGAGGGGCUGGCGGCGGAGGUGGCGGCACGAGGGCAGGCGGAUCAGUGGAAGGCCUUGGCGGAGGAGCUGCGCCUGGAUGCAGCAUCCGCGCUGGCGGAGGCCAUGGAGGAGUUUGAGGAGGUGCAGAGCGGUGCCGGGGUGGCGGCAGCAGAGAUGUCAGUGCUGCUGUGCACGGACGCUUAUAUCAGGCAGCUCAAUAGCGAGUGGCGGGGUGUAGAUGCUCCAACUGACGUCCUCUCCUUCCCUCAAGACCAACCUGCUGGGCUCAACCCUCUGUUGCUUCUAGGCGAUGUGAUUAUAUCGGUGGAGACGGCACAGCGCCAAGCCAGUGAGCGAGGGCACUCGCUCCUGGACGAGCUUCGCAUUCUCAUGGUGCACGGCAUGCUGCAUCUGCUGGGGUAUGACCACGAGGCGCCCAAGGGAGCAGGCCCAGAUGCUGACUCAGCGAUGUCAGGCGCUGAGCUGGCGGCGGCGGUGCGUGAGUCAGCAGAACAGAUGGCAGCAGAGGAGCAGCGCAUUCUGGCGGCCUUCGGAUGGCGCGGGACGGGGCUGGUGGCGGCGGCUUUGGAGGGGGGAGGGGGAGAGGAGGGAGGAAGGAGAGGAGGGGGAGAGGGAGGAGAGGAGGGACGAGGAGAGGGAGGAGGGGAGGAAGGAGGAGAGGGAGGAAGGGAGGGAGGAGGGGAGGAGGGAGAGAAGGGGGUUGUGAGGGGAAGGAUGACAAGGAUUAGCUCAGUGCAAGGGUGGGCUAGAUUUGUGACAAUAACGGACGAAGGGAUAGAGGGUGAGGAGAGCAAGAAGGGAGGAGAGGGGAAGCGCAAGGGCAAGCACAAGGAGAAGCAUGGGAAGGAGGAGAAGGGGAAGGGGAAGGGGAAGAAGGCUGGGAAGGCGCUUGAUGUAGAGGCGGAGAAGGAGAGGGCGCACAAGAAACACAAGGAGAAGGAAAAGGAGAAGGAGAAGGAGAAGCGAGAGAAGAGGCGGACGAAGAAGGCUCCAUUCCAGCUGCUGCUGUGCGACAUGGAUGGCACCCUCCUCAACAGCGCCAGCAAGGUCUCCCCUUCCACUGCGGACGCCCUGCGAGCAGCGCAUGCGAGGGGCGUGCGCGUGGCCAUAGCCACAGGCAAGGCACGGCCGGCUGCCAUGUCUGCCCUCGGUGCUGCUGGGCUGGUUGGGUCUGCUGGAAUUUUUAGCGACAAGUCACCAGGGGUGUUCCUGCAGGGCCUGAGGGUGUACGGCAAGGGAGGCCACGUGGUGCACAACGCGCUGCUGCCCAACGAGGUCACUCAGGAGGGCUUUGAGUUCGCCCUCAAGCACGGCAAGGCCCUCAUUGGCUUUUGUGGGGACCGCUGCGUGACGCUUGUCGAUCACCCAUUGGUGGAGGCGCUGCACACCAUCUACUACGAGCCACGGGCGGAAGUGAUGCCGAGUGUGCAUGACAUCAUGAGGGAUACUCCCAUUCAGAAGCUACUGUUCUAUGACACGCCCCAUGGCAUUGACGGCUUCAUUCGUCCCUUCUGGUCGGCCGCUACAGCCGGCCGUGCCACAGUGACCCAGGCCGUGCCAGACAUGUUGGAGAUCCUGCCACCCGGGCAGUCCAAGGGCGCGGGUGUGAGGGUGCUGCUGGACCAUCUCGAGCUCUCUGCUGAGGAGGUUAUGGCGAUUGGGGAUGGUGAAAACGAUCUUGAGAUGAUCGAGAUGGUGGGUUGGGGAGUGGCCAUGGAAAAUGGUUCUCCAAAGACCAAGGCCGUUGCGAAGGCCACGGUUGCAAGCAAUGACGAUGACGGUAUUGCAGAAGCUAUUUCACGAUUCAUUCUGUAAAGUAACGCUCAUGUAAUGUUUUAUGAAAACAUGAAAUUGAUCCUUCUCUGGUGUAUUAAUUCCGAUUUUCCGAAAUGAG